AUGGCCCAUUGCAAUCUUUCCAACUUGCCAGAGAAUUACCAGCUCAAGUAUUACUUGUUCCAUGCUCUCACUUGGCCGCAACUGUCGUAUGUAGCAGAGGACGAGCAGGGCAAGAUCGUUGGCUACAUACUCGCAAAGAUGAACGACGACGACGCAAAGGAAUGCUCUGGACAUGUGACGUCUAUCUCUGUCCUUCGAACCUACCGUCGACUCGGUCUGGCAAACAAGCUCAUGACUCUGUCGCAAAAGGCAAUGAAGGACGUCUUUGGCGCUACGUCGGUGUCCCUUCAUGUGCGCAAGACCAACAGAGCUGCACUUGGCCUGUACCGCGAUACGCUCGGCUUCACCGUUCACGACAUUGAAAAGAAAUACUAUGCCGAUGGCGAGGACGCAUAUGCAAUGCGGAUGGAUCUAAGCCAUAUCUGA